AUGGCGCAAGCACAAGCGGGGAGAUCUUCGAAAUCCAAUCCGGUACGAUCUGAAUCAUCCCAAGCCAACCACCCAGGCAACCCAGGCAAAGCACAGCGUAAUGGCAAAGCUGACAAGUCCAAACAACCAGGCGGCCUCGUCCAAGCCCUCGAAUCCCAAGGCCACAAAUUCCACUUCAUCAACGGCCGUCUGAACGCCGAGUGCGAGCCUGAACUCCAAGGCAUCGUCCCACCCCCCUUCUACAGCCACUACCCGCGGGACGUAAACCCCGGCACGGACCUGGGCGCCGCAAUCCAGUAUACCCUACGCACCAUGGAUCGCGAGGGGCCCUUCGACGCCGUAAUGGGGUUCUCGCAGGGCGCGGCGCUGGCGUACUCGCUGCUAGAGCACCACGUGCAAACGAAGGGUCCUGAUGCGGAGCCAUUGUUCAAGGUUGCGGUGUUUAUAUGCGCCGGGACGCCGUAUGAGCUUGAUGGGGGUGGGCCUGUUGAGGUUGACAGUUUACGCGAGGUCAAUGGGGUGAGGGAGUAUAGGGUUCGGAUUCCGACGGCGCAUAUUGUCGGACGGCAGGAUCGGCUGUAUGAGCAGGGGUUGAAGCUCUUUGGGCUUUGUGAGCCAGGGAAUGCGGAGGUUUAUGACCAUGGGGGCAAGCAUAUGAUUCCGUUUGAUGCGGGGAGUAAUGAUGCGAUGGUGGGGAUUAUUGAGAGGGCGAUUGGGAGGGUGAAGAAGUGA